GUUUAUGUGUCAUCAACACUACUCCCAAUUAAAAUUUAUCUAGACCAUUCUCUCUCUUCCCCCUCACCCCUCUUUAUUUAUGUAUGGAAAGCUUCUAAAAGCUUUCUUUGUUCAAAACAAACAAACAUCUGUUCCAAGACAGACAGACCUUUCAAAAACCAUCCUCACAAAAACAACUCUGUUGCCCAGCCAACCUCUGCUCUGCUCUCUGCUCUCUAUAUGCUAUCAGACCCAUCUCUUCAAAUGGUGAAGGAAGAGGAUGUGAAUGGGAAUGGGGAUGUAAUUGGGACAGGGACGACAAGGACAAGGGUGGCUGUUCUAACACCACCAUUGAAAUUAGAGGGGGAAUUGGAUGGUAAUGAUUACAGAGCCCCAAAUUUUUUCCAACGUGUACUUAGUCUCUUGAAGAGUGUUCGCCCCGGAACUGAUCUCACCCGCUUCCCGGUGCCACCACUCUUCAACAUCCCAAAGACAAUGCUCCAGUGUUAUGGGGAGUCACUUUAUUGCAUCAGUAAAGACAUGUUGAGUCCAUGUGCCAGUGGGAAAACCCCACUUGACAGGCUUAUAUCUGUUGUUGCAUGGAACAUAUCUACCCUGCGCCCUCUCAUGUUUGGUGUUGCUCCUUACAAUCCCAUUCUUGGAGAGACUCACCAUGUCUCUAGGGGCACUCUCAAUGUGCUUCUUGAACAGGUUUCUCAUCACCCACCAGUAUCUGCACUUCAUGCGACUGAUGAGAAAGAGGGUAUUGAGUUUAUAUGGUGCCAUCAUCUUGUCCCAAAAUUCAAUGGUACUACAGUAGAAACUAUGGUGCACGGUCAGAGGCAUUUGAAACUCGUGAAUAAGGGCGAAACCUACGUAAUGGACCAUCCGAAUCUUUUAAUAAGAUUUCUACCCGUGCCUGGUGUUCAUUGGGUGGGCAAGGUCAGAAUCCAUUGUCAAGAAAGCGGCCUUGAAGCCGAGUUACAUCUUGGAGGCAGUUCUUUUAUAAGCCGUAGAGCAUAUUUUAGAUCCAUUAAAGGAAAAGUGUUUAUGUCGUCGUCAAUGAAGACCAUUUACGAGAUUAAUGGCCAUUGGGACAGAGUUGUCACAGUUAAGGAUGUCAGCAAUGGAAAACAAACGGUGAUAUAUGAUGCCAAGGAAGCACUUUCAGGACUUAAAACUCCCAUCUUAAAAGAUCCAGAGAGAUUGUGGGCAAGUGAAUCAAGCGUAGUGUGGGCUGAGGUAAGUAAAAACAUCCUGAGCAAAUGCUGGGACAAAGCAAGGGAAGCAAAGACAGCUGUUGAGGAAAAGGAGAGAGAACUUCUAAGAGAAAGAAUGGCCAAAGGAGAAAUAUGGGUUCCUAAGCAUUUUACAGUCUCCCAAAGUAAGGAAAGUGGUUGGGUUUGCUUACCUAAUCAAGAAUGGGUCCCAACUGCUCCAAUUGUUGUCCCUACUUGAUCUUAUAUUUUGUAUAGACAGCGGUGUCAAGAAUACAGAUAAAUUUUAUAGAGUGAGACACAUAUGUGAAAUAAAAGGUAAGUUUUACAAACAUACCAUUUCUCUCACAUAUGUUUAUAUGAGAAUUCAUAUUUUAUCAUAUUGUGUUUCAUUCUGUAAAACUCAUAUGUGCAUUUAGACUUAUUUUGUUUUGUAUUUACACGUGUUUGAUUAUAUUA